GACGAUUGGGUAAUGAAAGUAUUCAGUAAAUAUCAUCUGAUAAUUUAACCAAUCGAGCUCAGUUUCUGAAAAUGUCGAAGAGGCAACAUUGAUCAAUAGAUGUCGGAAAACCAACUUGAACAACGAACAGGUUCAGCAAAUUUUCUGCUAUGGAGUCCUUCGUCAAGAACAUUUCAUAUCCAAGGUAUGUCGCUUCAAACAUUACUAAUCCAACUUGUCCUACGAGUGAAUCUUCUGUAGAAAUGGUGGCCAAGGCCUCGGCUUAUGCUAUCAUCCUCGUUGUCUCUUUGGUUGGAAAUUCAAUCCUGAUCCUGUCCAUUGCAAAGAACGAGCAAUCCCGAAAGUCAAUCCACUAUCUCGUUUUGAACAUGGCUGUGUCGGAUUUAUUAAACUCAUUUACUAUCAUGCCCAUCAAACUUGCUCAGAUCAUCUCAGCAUCAGGAUCCUGGAAGGUUGUCAGACCGUGGCUGCUGGGAAACCUAUUAUGCAAACUUUCGUACUUUCUUAUUGAUGUGUCACUGGUCGUUUCCAUUGAAAGCCUUCUGUUGAUAUCGGUAGACAGGUUCAUUGCUGUCGUUUUCCCACUUAAAGCUAAGCUCAUCUCUUCAAAAGUGCGCCUUGUUGGCGUUUUAUGGACCUGGAUUGUCGCCACUGUGGUUCACGCACCUUAUUUCUAUGCGUACAAACUUACUCCAGAGGGUAAUGAAACUCUUUGUAGACUUGACUGGGGACCGGCAUUUGACCACAAGAAAACACAUAAGAGAUUUGUCACGGCGACUUUCAUCAUUUUCAUCCUCGUUCCUAUUGGAGUCUUUGCUAUGGUGUAUGGCACGAUAGCAUGGAAGCUCAGAAGAAACAACAGGAAACAUAAACAGCAACUGGGUUUUCGACACAAAUCUCGGGAUGAACAACACAAAAAAAUUGUCCGAAUGUCGGUGGCUAUAAUAGUCGCUUUCAGUGUUUGUUCGAUUCCACUUCUCGUUUAUCUUUUCGCUCAAAUUUUCCUAUGGGAUUGGCGAUUGCCUCCGAUUUGCGCAUUUCGAACGGUUGUUCCAUUUUUGGUUGCUUUUAUGGUACAUUCAUGGAGCGCGGUAAAUCCUUGUGUUUGUUUUAUCUUCAGUAAGUACAGCAAAGGCUUAAAACAGUUACCAUCAUUUGUCAGCAGUCAAAGGACAUCUGCUAAUGAGCGGCGUGUUCGCGUGGAAACGAAAAUAUACACAAUUGGCACACGAUUGACGAAAUAAGGCUUAGAUAAUUGGUUCUAUCAAAUUAUUCCGUAAUAUAAAUCGCCUCCUACUGAUGUUUCGAGCGUAAUUGCUCCAUGAUACAACCCAUUUGUCUUGUAAUACCCCUCAGCGGUGCAGCACCAUCCUUGAUUUUUAGUCACUCCUUUAAAUAUAAAGCUUAGUUAUGCAUGAUCUGAGACUCAUCACAAAAUCUGAACAUUUGUCGGCCUUUUAAGUUUUUGAAGGAAGCAAAACAGGUUAAUAAUAGAUAAAUAGAUAAGUAAAAUAUUAUCAAAAGUAUGGAGGAAAAAUGAAAAAUGUAGAUUUUAUUUAUUUAAUUUCUUGUGGUGUUUAAAUAAUUUAUUCGCAUGUCACUUCUGUCAAGAAGCUAAGUUGGAUUAUGAAAAGUGCCGCACAGGGUAAAGUAAAUAUUUAACGGGUGGAAUGUCUCCGCUUUUAUUUAGACUCACAAAAGCAUCUACGACAGUGCAGCGUCCGAGUAUUAUCGCACAAAAACAUAUCUGAGACAACUGCAAAAAUUUCUAUGAUUCUGAGACAUUGAAUUUCGCGUUUGGGACCUGUACGAGUCUCAAGUUUAUUCAUUUUUAUGAAAGCGUAUCCUUCUGUGUUUACCACUACGAAAGCGAAGAACCGUAUGGUCGCAAACGAAGCACCCAAACUGGAUAAGAAUCGACGGUAUUGCUUGUAUCUACCUCUUCAUUGAUAAAGCAGGAAACAAAAUUAUCCAGAAGGCUGAA